UCCUGCCCAUCGUUACAAUUUCGCAGAAAUUGAAAGUUACUYGAUCAUCUCUUAUUUCCCUGAAGUAGAUCUUCUACAUUUAAAACAUUUUUUCUGUAAUUAUGCCUGUGAUUUGAUCCACCGAAAAAAUCUUAAUAUAAUGGAUGAACCAUCACCAACGAAGCUGGAUAACAGCUUGAUAGAGAUGUGCCUUGUGGUUGGUAUGGACCAAGAUACUGGACUUACUCCAGUUUCUACCAAGGAAAAGGUUGUGUCUGGUUCUAACAGCAAGAAUUUGCCAAUUUUUAAAUCAUUCUACAAGCCUUAUGUGCUGGCGGCAUUGUCAGGAGAGACUGCAGUGUUUACAUACACAACGACUGAAGUUGAUGGAAGUCCAUUCUACCCGCCGGGUUCUGUGACAUCAUCUACUCCCGUCAAAGGYACAAAGUCAAUACGUCGACGUGUAUCAACAGGUCCUGGUCUUGGGAGUACAAUGUUACCAAUAGCAGCAGGAGUAUUAACAAGUCUGCCACCACUUUGUUUACCAGAUGGAGGUCAAGUGUUUGAUAAACCACAAGAGAGUGUUGUUCAUUACUUGGUUUUAACAGAUAUUGAAGGCACCAGGACAUAUUGCUGUUGUUUAAAGAUCUACAAACCAUAUUUAGCUAAAGAGAAUGAUGACAUCCCUGGCCAGUAUGAUCUCAUCUUUUCCAACCCUGAUUAUGAUGAAGAAGUAACAGAUAGGUCGUCCUACACACUAUGUUAUGCUCCAUUAUGCUGCUGUAUCAUCUCAAAGUAUCCAUAUUUUAGUGUUUUUAAAGACUGCCUUUCAAGAUAUGAUGAGCCAAGRAAAUUAAGAAGUGGUCUUAUGCAGUUUGUUUCCCAACUGGCAAUGGUUCCUAUUCCACCUCCUGGCUCUCUGGCAAUAGAAUUUUCCUUGAGUGGUGUAAURCAUACUGUUGCUCCUGUUGAUGAACCAGAUAAAAGGAUUAUAGACAUUGAGUUGCAUUAUCCUUUCUUGCAUUUUUCCUUGGAUGAUAUUCUUCUUCUCAUGAGCUGYGUUCUCACCCAACAAAGACUUAUUUUCAUGUCAUCAAAGUAUGCCAUGUUAACAUUAGUCAUUGAAAGUAUUUUUUCCUUCAUUCAACCUCUUUCUUGGAGCUGGACUUAUGUCCCUGUUUUACCAAACAAUCUUGUAGACAUGACGGAAGCUCCUGGUGUGUAYAUAAUAGGAUGCCAUACCAGCCUUAAACCACAGAUUGAAAGAGCAAUGUCUAUGCAUGAGAUGGCAGACAUCAUCAUUGUGAAUAUUGACGAAGGCAAGAUAAUACAGGGYGACAGUGUGGAAGUUCAAAGGAUACCAAUACGUGUUGCUGACCCUUUYAAAGCCAGAAUGAAGAAUGUUUCACCAUUGUUUGACUUGCACAAUAUAAGCAGACCAACAUUUCUAACUGUACAUGACUUGAAGAAGGAAAGGCAUCGCUUUGUGACACAGUUCAACAAUGCAGUCUUGACAGCAUCUUUGGAAAUGAUGGCUAAAAUGCUUCCCUCGAGUGAUAUCCCCACAGAAGCAUCCAACUUGCAGGGGGAGAAUUUUUUUGAUUUAACUGCAUUCAUUGAGUCCAAUGCUGAGGAGGAUCAGGAUUUUUAUAAGGCAUUAUGCUCAACCCAUGCAUUUUCAAAGUACCUUGAGGAUAGACUACGAAAUCCAGAAAAGCGAGAUUACUUCACAGCAGUUAUGGACAGAGUGAGGCCACAGCAUGAUAGACCUCAAUUAAGAAAACGUAGCUCAUCAGUCAGUCCACCAAAGUCUGCAUCAAGUGCAACUUCUAAUGAAGAAUCAAAAGAGUCUCUUCCUUUGUCAACUUUUACUCUUCCACUCUUUACAUUUGAAGGAAUCUUUAAGGGUAGUUUCUAUGAUGCCUGUUUGGCUGAGGGAGUCCCCCUCACUUACACUAUCGACUUAGAGAYAAACGAUAUACAACACAGAAAGUACUUAUUUAAAAAUUGCGUGAAAAUGGAAAAACUGAGAAGAAUCUCUCUCGAAAAGCUGGCAAGAUCAAGGAUAUUUUCUGAUUCAAACGUAGUCGAACUCGUUCAAUUUGAAGAGGAGACUGACUACUUAAACCGAAACAGGCUCAGAGUCACAACCUCGGCAGUACCUUCCAGUCCCUUGGAUCAAACUGACUUUAUCAAGAGAGCUACAAUGUUACAAAUCACAGACWGCUAUCAGACGGCAGAAAAGCUGUUUGAGGUGCUCAUGAACAAGAUGAACAAACUUGUUGAUCCCGCUGUCUUCAGCAACUUCUAUCGAUCUUUACAAGAGACGGACCGCACAGCACAAUCGAUCAAAUUGCCAGGAAUUACUGCCGAAGUAGGAGAGACCGUUGUAUUAGCGUCGUCAUGGUUACGAACAGCCACAGGCAAUGGCAGACUUAUUGCAACGACAAGCAGAUUAAUAUUCAUGAACGAGGGAACCCAUAAAUGUGAGCCGGUGAUGCGAUUUGAUGACAUACGAGACGUUGAGAACUAUCAACAUUAUGUUGUUAUACCACCAGGCGUGGCAUCGUUAAAGAUCACCAGUCGAUGUAAAAAGACUACCCCUUUCAUCGUAUGCUUAAAGGAGGACAGAACAUUCUGGAAUGACUGUAUACGAGAAAUGAUGGCAGGGUAUAAGAUAGGACAAGAAACCAAAGACCAUCAAAUAAUCAAGCAAGCUUCUCAGAAUGUUAUAAUAGCCGACGCCCUACGUGGAAGUGAUAACCUUGGCGCGACAGGAAAAAUCUURUAUUUAAAAGAUAUUCCAGAGGCUGUAAUUGAACAAAAGAAGCUCUCUAAAGAGACCAAAAAGAUGUUGGAAAGACGAAUUGAUCCAACACCACAAGCUGACGAAACACAAAAGACGACUAUAGAAGCAAUGGUUUUCGCGCCAGAAAGCAAGGAAAAUGGCAACGAAGCAGAGGUGUGGUGUGGAUUGGGGUCUGGUGCUGUUGUUGUCAUAGAUACAAUAACGUGGAAUAUUGUCACGGUGUUGCGAUAUGCUCGUGAUCGUGUGAGUUGUCUUGAAUCAGUUGAUAAAAACCACAUUUGGGUCGGUUCAAUGGACGCCACAAUAUACAUUAUCAAUAGAAAGACCAAGCAAGCUGACCAGCAACUUCACAGCCAUCAUGACUACAUCUCMAGUAUUAUCAAGACUUACAACAAAGACGGUUCCUUGACCGUGUGGAGUACAAGUCUAGAAGGGCUUAUCAUUGGCUGGGAUCCGGUAACACUUACACCCAAGAAAACGAUCAAGCUUCAUGGUGUGAAAACUAUGACCACUGUUGUUGCUAUUGGAAACGCCUUCUGGUGUGUGACAAAAUAUGCAGUAUUAGUUGUUGAUCGAGAUUCGGAUGGUAGUCACAAGACAUUGACAUGCAAAGCAGACAAGGAAAAUGCUCGCUCUAUUGACUGCUUGUGCGUGAUUACACUUGACACUCAGGUAUGGGGAGGUGGCCGAGACGGUACCAUCUAUAUCAUUAAUGCGCAAAACUUUACAAUUGAAAAGACUCUACAGCUCCACAAAGAUCGAAUCCGUUCCAUGUGUCUGACCGAUACCUCGUUCAUCCUUACGGGGCCUGGGUCCAGUGACGGACGAAUCGCAGUUUGGAAAACUCACCUUUUUGACAUCAAAGACAACUGUGACGAUGGAUUUGAAAUUGUAGAAGAAGGCAUUGUUAGAGCUGACAGCGUAAAGAAUUUCACCAGAAAGAAAAAUGUGGAGUGGUAUUCACGAGUUUAUGAAAACCACUAGGUGUAUUUUAAUAAUUAGAAUUUUCUUUUUAUAUGUUUUAUAAAUUCUUAGUUCAAACACAGAAACAAUUUCUUAUUUGAAAGUUCGSAAGUUAAAAACAAGAGUUCACGGAUUUAUAGCCUGCGUUGARGCGUCCCUCGUUGAGGGMARAGGGGCUGAUUCUCUAUAUAGAUUUAUCCUUAGCGAAUUGAAUUUUUGCUAGAGAUCUGUAAUGWGGUAAUUUGCACAAAUUAUCUCAACUAAUUUUGUUCAUGAUAAUUAUCAUAAUUAUAGAAAUAUGUAUAAAAUUUUACUGUCUAAUUUAGUUAGAAAUAUAUACUUAAUAAAGUUAGAAAAAAAAACUAAUCUUGGGAUUCGAACCCUGGGCCACAAAAUCAAAAAAGUGCCAAGUAAUCAGUUAUUAUGUAAACAGGAAGCUGGAWCAAAACGAGAAAGCAAUGAAAAUUUCAGAGAUCUGUCUUAUUUUUUAUCUACAUGCCUUUUCUCUUUCGGUCUUCUUUUUCUUAGGCAAACAUUUAACAAUAUAUUUCAGAUAUUUAAAAAAAAUCAAAAAUUUUGAAACAAAUUCGGUUGGGGGAGGAAAGAGCUCGAGGAAGUACUAUUCCAGUACUCUACGUAUUUUGCAAAACACCUGCGAAUUCAGCGCUUGCAAGAAUUUGCGUGGGGAAAAAGAUCCGCAUUGCUGACCGACGAUUGAUAUCUAUUUAUAGAUUUAUAUUUUGUAACAAAGAUUUGCUGUUACUCCGAGUUUCGUGCUUAUGCACUCAUCAGACAGUAUUUAAUAGAUUUUUAAUAAAAAAAAUUAACAAUAA